AUGUUGAGAAGCAAUGCCUCUAGGCUGAGGGAGACCUCCUUGCUUGCGACAAUCCGCAGUCCUGGCUUGAACCACAGACGAUGGUAUGAUUCUUCGAACAAGGCGGGCUCUUUCAAGAAGCCCAGCUCUUUCAAGAAGCCCAGCUCUCUCAAGAAUCCCAGCUCUCUCAAGAAGCCUAGCUUUGUCAAGAAGCCCAGCUCUUUGGAGAAGUCCAGCUUUUUGGAGAGCCAGCGAAUAACGGAUAAAGAAUUUUGGGAUGCACUGAAAAAGGUGCUCCUCACAAGAUGGAAUCUUACGAAGGAACAAACGCCGCUGGGUUUCGCUAUCAGCGGUGGCGUUGAUUCCAUGGCCCUCAUGACUCUUUAUUACCGAGCACGAAAAAGAAGGACGGGUCUACCGCCUGCACAUGCUUUCAUUGUGGACCACAACGCACGGCCAGGCAGCGCAGAGGAAGCCGAAUGGGUCGCGGAGCAGUUACGUCAGAAACUUGACGUGCCAUCGACCGUACUACGACUGGAAUGGCCCAGCGACCUCGAUCCCUCCGAUCACCGACGAUUCGAAACCGAAGCCCGCAGACUUCGAUAUCAAGCGUUGGGUGAAAGUUGCAGAAGCCACAACAUCUCAGCGUUACUGGUGGCGCACCACGCCGACGACCAGGCUGAGACGGUACUCAUGAGGUUGGCGAACAACCGGUUGCGGUCAGGCCUACAAGGCAUACAAGGCAGUGAAUGGAUCCCGGAAUGCGAAGGUAUCUACGGCUUAUAUCAUAGCGGCAGUCCUUACACCAAAAUUCGUCCCGACAAUCCAUCCUCCUUGGUGGUGGAGCAAGGUGGCAUCCAGAUUCUCCGACCUUUGUUGGGCUUUGAGAAAGCGCGGCUCGUUGCCACCUGCAAGAAAGCAUGCAUGCCCUGGGUUGAGGAUAAGACGAACCAGAUCCGGACUCUUACCGCGCGGAAUGCUAUACGGCACAUCUUCCAAAAGCACAGACUUCCCAAGGCUUUGAGUCCGAAGAAUCUUGUGAAGGUCUCGUUGCAUAUGCAGAAGCGUGUCGAGGCGCACAAGGCCCAUGCUGAACAGCUGUUCAAAAAGUGCAAUUUACUGAUAAAUAUCCAGACUGGCUUCGUUGUCGUCCGUUUCCCGGCCUACUCCGCACUUCUGGACCGCCCGAUCGAGACAGACUCUGAUAAGAACGAAGCGAGCAACAACGCAUACUACUUGAUCAGACGGAUUGCCGAAAUAACCAGCCCACGCCUCACCGCUUCGCUCGAUACACUUGCUGGAACCAUCAAACUUGUCUAUCCCGAAUUCACAGAGACGAAGAGCGUGGUGAAGCCCCGCAAGAAGAAACCUCGCACAAGCUUCUGCGCCUCCGGCGUCUGGUGGCGAGUCCCAGACCGUGCGUCCCCCUUUCUUGGGGAUCCAGAUGUGAAUCUUGCCCCAGGUCGUCCACAUCCCAAGGAAUAUUACCUCCUGCGCCAAAAGCCCCAGGGCUUCCAGCGCGGCAGCGAAGCGAUUGUGUUCCCGCCCUCGUCCGGGAACGAAUCUGAGCCGGAUGAGGGAGAAUGGAAGCUCUUCGACGGCCGCUUUUGGGUCCGCAUCAAGAACCAUACAAAUGACACGCUUACCCUCCGCCUUUAUACCACGUUUGAUCGGCCUAUACUCGAAGCUGCCGAGAACGCGACCAUGAAGGAGCAAGACGCUGAGGCGAAGGCCGUUCUAAUUCAGGCCACUGAGGCGAAGGUCGCUAGCGUUCAGGCCGCUAUAAUGCGGACCACUAAGGAGCUAGAAGCUGAGGAGCAAGACACUGGAGAGCAAGACGCUGAGGAGCAAGACGCUGGGGAGCAAGACGCUGGGGAGCAAGACGCUGGGGAGCAAGACGCUGGGGAGCAAGACGCUGGGGAACAGACUGCUGAGACCCAACCCACUGAAACACCGCCCACCCCCAGCUUCACAAUCACAAAAUCCCACCGAGUUCGCCACAAAGCCCGCCGCUUCCUCUCCGCCGCCCUCGGCCUCACCAAACCCGUAGACGUACACGAAACCCUCCCCGCCCUCUUCCGCACCGAUUCCGCCACCGGCGCCCAAAUCCUCGUCGGCUUCCCCUCCCUCAACGUCUCGGCGCGCGGCCGUGGCGCCCCUGCUGCCGUGUGUGAAUGGCAGAUGCAUUACAAGUGCAUUCCGUUCGGCAAGCGCGAUGUGCCGCUGACGGUGGUGAAGGCGCUUCGGGAGAGUUUGUUGGAGGAUCGGGAGGGGAGUAUUAGGCGUGGGAGGGGGUGA